AACAAAAGCACAAAAUUCUGUAUGGAUUAAAUGAAGAAAAAUACAUACUACAUGACUGUUUAGUGAAAGCUAUCAUGCUGUACCUGAGAAUUUCAGAAUAUAACAUUUACAAAGCAAAUUUUCAUUUGAAUUGUAAAUAUGCAAAUAUAGAAAGCCAUUUGAGAUAUCGCCAACUUGCAAAGCCAUUGCAAUCAGGCAGAGUACUGAAAAUCCUUCAUCGGACAGCUCCGGACAGAUGAGAUGAAUGGAAAGGUAGACGGAGAAGAUGAGGAGGAAGACUAUUUAGAUGAAGAAGAAGAUGAUGAUGAGGAAGAAGAGGAGGAGGAAGAGCAUCCAGAGGAAGAAGAAGAGGGGGAAAAGUGUGAUGAGAAGGAAGAUAUUCUAGAUGAGAAGAGAAAAGAGACAGAGGAACAAGAGCAAAGCAUUACAGAGGCAGACAUACAGAAAAAGCAGAUUAUAAAAGAUGCAUCUGUCCCCGAUGGACCAAAGAAAGAUUCUGAUCCUGCUACUCUUAUAAAAGAGGAAACACAGUCAGAGAGGAAUGAAGUUACAGAAGACAAGCCAAAGACUCUUUUUGGCUCCAGGAACAGGCUUUCUCUUUUCAAGAGAGCUUCCACCAAAGGCAAUAAGGCAGAGAUCAUCACAUCAGGCAAACCGGGAGCUGACGGUCCCCCUCAAAUCCCAGAGACUCGAGAGCCAGAGAGUUCUAGCAGUGGAGCACAGACCACAGCAUCCAGUCGAUCACAUUCAGCCACUUGCAAUCUGCUUUGACACCUGGUUUGAAACCAUCUUCUGACUUGAAAAAAAGGAUCAGAAUUAGUAGAAUCAGCAGUUCAACAAAGCAACACAUGGUGUUGGUGGUGUUAAUGGUACUGUGCCUUGUGCUGCAAAGCAGACAUCACAAAAUAACUAGCUUUAGCAGAAAACUGAGUUUGGGAGAUCGAUUUAAGCAGAGCUGUGUGAGCAAUAAUGGUUUUGCUUUGGUACUACAUUGUAUAAUGUUUUUCCCUUUGUAUGUUUGCAGU